AUGCCCGUCGUGCGCAACCGCCGUCGCGCCGUCAAAUCGAACCUUCAACGAGAUGACCGGUCGACGCCGGAGAUCUCCACCCAGCUUCACAGAGCCAUUGAGGUAAUGGUCAAGAAGCUUGUACGACUCGCACUGGCGAGCGAGUAUUCGCGGCAGGUCAUCCGGCGAACCGAUAUCAGAGACAAAGUGCUGGGGGAGCAAGGGUCGAGGCAGUUCAGGCAAGUCUUUGAAGGAGCGCAGAGGGAGUUGAUGGAGAAAUUCGGCAUGCAGAUGGUGGAGCAGCCAUUGAGGGAGAAGGUGACGAUUAGUCAAAGGAGAGCCGCACAACGCACCGAGCGACCUGCCACUACCACCAAAACCUGGACUCUCACAACCAUCCUCCCCGCCGCUUACCGGACCCCAGCCAUCCUCCCGCCAACAAGAGCGCCCUCCUCCGUAACCGAAAGCACCUACACCGCCAUCUACACCUUCAUAAUAUCCACCAUCCUGCUCUCCGGCGGCUCCAUACGCGAACAGAAGCUAGACCGCCUUCUCCGUCGCGUCAACGCUGAUAACUUCACACCCAUCGACCGCACGGAUAGGCUGCUGGCGCGCCUAUGUAAGGAAGGUUAUAUCGUGCGUAACCGGGAGAUGGAUGGUGGGGAGGAGGUUGUGGAGUAUCUUGUUGGGCCUAGGGGAAAGGUUGAGGUAGGUGUCGCGGGCGUGUCUGGGCUGGUACGGGAGGUGUAUGGGUUUAGUGAAGGGUCCCUGGAUGGGGGUGACAGCAUGGAUGCGGCGGGUAAGAGACAUUCGGAGGUGGAGGCGUUUGAGAAGAGGUUGAAGAGAAGUUUGGGGAUUCGGGAACCGUUGCAUUUGGGGAAGGAGGAUGGUUAUGGUGAUGGAGACAGUGAUGCUUGA